AUGAGCUCGACUGAUAAUCUCGCUAUAGCAUUAGAUAGACUCAAGUUCUAUGCUCGGGAUGCGGUGUGUAUUUGCAAACCCGAUGCAACCCUCAAGGUCAACGGACGUCAAUAUAAGAUAGAGAAACUGCUUGGUGAAGGAGGUUUCUCUUUUGUAUACCUCAUCCGUGAUUUAUACUCUGAUCGACUAUACGCUCUCAAGAAAAUCCUGAUCACUUCAGGACAAGAAGGUGUCAAGGAGGCUAUGCGUGAAGUAGAGGCAUACAGACGGUUCCGACAUCCCAAUAUCAUCAAGAUACUUGAUUCAGCGGUCGUGCAAGAUGAAGGAGGCGAGGGCAAGAUCAUCUACCUUGUUCGCGCGAUGCACAACUACCAUCUGCCCGCUGUCUCAGCAUCAUACCCUCCCACCCGCGAAGAUGAUCCCUUAGUGGGCGAACCGGUCUUUGAUCAUGACGAUGAAUUAGCCAAUGCUGAGGAAGGAGAACUGAUACCAUAUGCGCAUCGGGAUAUCAAGCCAGCGUAUGUCUAA